GCCAUCUUUCUAUCGUGCUAGACUCAACAGGCUUUGCUUGCGUGAGACCCGAAAGAAGGUCUGAUCGUCAAUCGAUAUCUGGGAGAGGAUUUGAUCAUCUCGUCAACCGGAGGGGUUAGGACUCGCUACUCGAUCCACGGAUUGUCCAUGCUGGGGCGCUACUAGUGUAUAUAUCAAUUCAAGGACAGCACCGCUGAAUCACAGAAACGCCAUGAACGGGCAGAACUACGACCCGACGGGCGUCGAGUUCUACUCGAUCGACGACCUCUCCUUCUCGAGCGGCACGACGCUGCACGAUGUGCGGGUGGCAUAUCGCAGCUACAACCCGGCGUCGACGGCGGGCGUCGUGCUGAUCCCCACGUGCUACUCGGGCCUCAUCAACACGACGCUCACCUUCACGUCGGCGCCGUUUGACGCGCUGGCGCCCUACCACGUGGUGGUGGUGGCGAUGCUGGGCAACGGCGAGAGCGCGAGCCCGUCCAACAAGGCCUUCUUCCCGGAGCCGGGCGAGCUGCGGUACGAGGACGUGGUGCGGGCGCAGCACGCGCUGGUGACGCAGCACCUGCGGGUGUCGACGCCGCUGGAGGCGGUCGUGGGCUUCUCCAUGGGCGGCCAGCAGGCGUACCACUGGGCGGUCAUGUACCCGGACGUCGUCAAGCGGAUCGUGGUCAUCUGCUCGGCGGCGCGCACGUCGCUGCACAACUACGCCUUCCUCGAGGGCCCCAUCGCCGCGCUGACCAGCUCGAUCGAUUAUAUCGCGUGGCGGGCCAUGAAGGACAAGAUCGCGCGCGGCGAGAACGUCGGCAUCAACCUGAAGGAGGUCGUGCCCAAGAAGGGCCUGCGCGCCUUCGCCCGCGCCUACGGCGCCUGGCUGACCAGCACGGCGUGGUUCCGCGAGCGCUGCUUCACCCAGAUGGACGGCCACCCGGCCAGCGUCGAGGCGUGGAUGCAGCUGCGCGAGCAGGGCUACCUGGGCUGGGACGCCGAGGACCUGCUCGUGCUGGCCCGCAUGUGGCAGAUGGGCGACGUCGGCACCGUGAUCCCCGGCGGCGAGGGAGAGAAGGUCCUCAGCGACCUCGGCGGCAAGGUCCCCGACGACAACCUCUACACCACCGCCCUCGCCGGCAUCCAGGCCAGGGUCCUCCUCAUGCCCUGCCGCACCGACCAGUACUUCCCGCCCGAGGACUCGGAGAUCGAGAUGAAGCACCUCCGGCGCGGCCGCCUGGCCGUCAUCGAGAGUGUCUGGGGCCACGUCGCCGGUGGUGGAUUGAACCCGGAGGACACCGAGUUUAUGAAUGCGAGGAUUGCCGAGUUGAUGAAGGAGGACUGAUUGGUGGUUUCCUCCGGGCUUCCUGGUCGCUAUGUAGGUAUGGACAGAGACAGACGAAAGAAAACUUGAAAGUUGGGGCUAUAUGCAUUGCGAGAUACCGUUCAGUGGUGUCGGUUAUGGCAUGAAGAGCAAUGAAGCCAACGCAGCAGAACCCCCUCUGUGAGCGUUCCAACGUAGACACUUUCUUGACGGUCCUCUUAGGGAAUACCGGGGAAGUUAACGACCUA